AUGCAAGACGAUUUAGAAGUCACUGGUAUUUCUCGCAGUGGUAGAGUAAGGAAGAAAAGCUCAAAAUUAAUGGAUUUUGAGUCUCCAGAUGAUAUAGAGGCCAGAUAUCGGCGACAAACACCUGUGAAGACCUAUCCUGGUCUCAAACAGGAAGAACCUAUUGAUUACAAGGAACAGCCGCAAAGACCCGUUGAGGAAGCUGGCACGGCGUCAGGCAGUGAAUCGGAUUAUUUUGAAAAUAAUGGUGAAAAUGGAGAAAGUAUGGAGUCUGAUAGCUCAGCAUCAGAUGAGGGCUCAACAAGAACUCCAGCUAAUUCAAUAUAUAUGAUGGAAAAAAACAAUAAGAAAAAGUUGAUAAUAAAAGAUGGAAGGGUGAUUGGUAGGGCAAAAGCUCAGAGAAAAGAUAAAGGAAAAACACGCAUCACUGCAUACAUGAUGUGGGCAAAAGAGGCUAGAAAUGAUCUUCUACGUCAGAACCCUAAUAUGGAUUUUUCUGCAAUUUCAAAAAGGCUUGGAGAAAUGUGGUCUAAUGUAACUUACAAUGAGAGGUAUCUUUGGAAAAGAAAAGCAAAAAGAUUUGCUAUCCAAAAGGAACAAAGCAAUCAAGUUGCAUCCAAUAAAAUAAUUUCUAACCCAAGUAUUCGUCCGCCAACGAAUGUAGGGCCUGGUAGACCACCAUUGGGUCGAGCGCCACGCCAGGCCACACCACAGGUUCAGCACAAUGCCGUAGUUCCGGUGUCGAGCGGUACGUCUACAGCUGUGUCGAUCGUUUCGCCGAGUGCGUCGGUGGGUGCGGGCAGUGCGGCGGGGGCGGGCAUGUACCGCGUGACGGGCUGCGGCGCCGUGGACGUGGCCGCGCACCUGCGCCUGCUGGGCGAGAGCCUCGCCAUCAUCGGCGAAAGGCUCAAGGAGCACGAGGGUCAAAUCGCUGUGUCGGGCUCGGUGUCAGUGCUACUGGACACACUGUUGUGCUCGUUAGCGCCUCUGCUGAGCGUGUCGCGUGCCAUACCCGCCAUCGCGCCUCCCGCGCGCUUGUUGCAAGACACCCUCCACAACAUAGCCUAUAUUAUGCCCGGUCUGUAG